GGGACACGGCUGUGACAGGGGGGACACGGUCACGGAGGUUGGGCACGGAGGGACGUGGACAUGAAGGGGUGGACAUGGGACGCAGAGGGACACGGAUGUGACACAGGGGACACGGACGUGAGGGGGUGGGCGUGGAGGGACAUGGAUGUGCGUGGGACACAGAAAGGGGUGGGCACCAAGGGAUUCGGACAUGAGGGGCAUCAUCGACAGGAGAGGGGACACGGGCACGAGGGGGUGACUUAAAGGGGCAGCGACACGAGGGGUUGGACACGGAGGUCACAGAGGGACGCAGAUGGGAGAGGGUGGACGUGGAGGGACGCGGUCACAUGGGGGCGGACACGGACGCAGGGGACACAGAAGGACACGGGUGACAGGGUGGACACGGACACGAGGGGGUGGACACAUGCGAGGGGAUGGGUGUACAGGGACACGGACACGAGGGGGGACACGGACACGAGGGGGGACACGGAGGUGAGGGAGGGGACGUGGAGGGACACGGACGUGCGCGUGCACGGACACUCACACGCGGGGAGGGACACACGGACGCGGAUGUGGGUGGGUGGACAUGGAAGGACUUGGACACCAGGGGGCGAACACGGACACGGCGGGACACAGAGGGACAGAGAGGGACACGGGGGGACACGAUGGGGACACAGCAGGGGUGGGCACAAAGGGGCUUGGAAACGAGGAGUGGACAAAACCACGGUGGACUCAGCGCACGUGGGACACGGACACGAGUGGCAGCCACGGGGAGGACACGGCCACGGGAGGGACACCCGGAUGGGGACACCCAGGGGACAGGGACACCCAUCCACGCACAGAGCCCCCCUCCCACCCAGCCCUGGGGACCCUUCACAUGCAGAGGGGGGGUCCCCGUGCUGCCAGUGGGGGAGUCUGUGUGCCCACGUGUGCCCCCCACCCCUCGGAUGCUCCCAAGGCACAGGGGACCCCCAGCCGGUGCCGGGGGGAUGUUCAGCACCCCAGGAAAGGACGGGGGGGGUCCGGUGGGGGCCAGGGGGUGCUGAAUUGGGGGGUGCUGCCCCCCUGCCCCCCUCCGGGGCUGGCUACGCCCUAACGGGGUGACACAGAGCCACUGGACCCGCCCGUUCCUCUUCCCCGCACCAGCAGCAGCGGCCGGAGCGCAGGCGUUCCCGGUGUGCUGGAGGGGUCAUGGGGGUCCCUGCAGCUCCUCUCGUGCUGCUGCUGCUGCUGCUGCACCCUGUGACCCCCAUGAGCCCCACAGUCCCCACGUCCCUCUGCUUUGGCGUGCUGGGGGAUGAUGCCCAAGACCUGGACCUGACCAACAAAACCCGUGGAUGUGCCGAGCUGGACUUGGGCCCUUUCUACCAGAAGCGACGGCUGUGCCUGAGCCACAACGGCAUCGAGGCCCUGAGCCCCUCAUCCCGCCUCGGGCCCGGGCUGGAGAAGCUGGACCUGAGCUACAACCGGCUGCGGGAGCUGCCCGAGGGGCUCUUCACCCACGCCAAGGCCCUGAGCACCCUGAAGCUGGAGGGGAACCCCCUCUCUGCCGUGCCCCCCGACGCCUUCCAUCCCGCCCUCACCUCCCUGACCGUGUCCUGCCGCUGCGAUGUGGUGGGCACCGUCCUGGCCCCCUGUGCCCGCCCGGCCAUCCGGUGGUGCCGCUGCUUCACGUCCCCCCGGGAGUCCCUGAACGUCACGGAAUUCCACGGCCGGGAGUGCGGGGUCAGCGCGGGGCUGGUGGGCGGCGUGGCCGGGGCGGUGGCCGCGGUGGCCACGCUGGUGGCCGUGGGCGCUGCCCUGGUGUGUUAUCGGCGGAGGAGGGCGGGGGCCGCGGUGGCCGGGGCAGGGUGGGGGAAGCAGGACCCCGGUGCGGGUGUCCGGCAGCCCCAGUACAUCAGCCAGGACAACGGGGUUGGCACCAACGAGGUCGCCGAGGUCGCCGAUGUGCCCGACUACGAGAACGUCUUCGUGAGCCCCGGCACCGCCCCGGCCACCAAGCAGGGAUGGGCACCGGGAUGGAAGGAGCAGCGGUACAGCCCCCAGGUCCCGGAGGAUGAGAAUUAUUUCCUGGAGAGUGAGGCUGAUCCCGGGGACCAGCCCAUCUACGCCAACACUCUGGGCCCCACUGAGGACAUUUACAUUGUUCCUGACCACUGAGGGGACUGGGAGAGACUGGGGGGGGGCAGGGAGGACACUGGGGGACCCUCUGCCCCCCGCUGCCGUUCUUCCCCUGCUGUCCCCCCACCCCAGAGGGGACAGGGACGGGCGCUCCCCACGGCUCCACGGGUUUCCCCCACGGCCGUGGUUCCCACGCGACAUUUCCUGUGGGAAUGCCACCCCGUGGGGGGGUUGGUUUUAACACCCCCCAGCCCCAGGCCCUGCCACAGCCCCAGUUCCCACCACAGGGCUCAGCCAGGGCUGAGCUGACACUUCCUCCCGGGGCCGGUGGCCACCAACCGCGGGGACGCCGCAUCCGCCGGCAGCCGGAGCCUUCCGGCCCCAGGACGAACACGGGGCCCCCGGGAAGGAGCAGGGCCAAGGGGUGACCAUGGCCUUGGGUUCCUCUUCCCCUUUUGGGGCCGAUGGGGAGUGCUGGGGGCAGCACUGGCUCGGGGCUGUGCUGGUGGUUGGGCACAUCUGGGCCUGGCUGUGCCCCCUGUUCUCCUCCUGCUCAAUCUGCCACUCUGGGGAAUGGAGGGAAAAAUCCCUGGUUUUAGUCCUCCUGGUGGGACCCCGAGUUGGGCACCCUGAGGGGAAUGGCAGCCUGGGGGACAGGGGGACCCCCUGUGCCUUGUCUGGGUGUCCCCUCAUCCGUUCCCCCCCCACCUUGGCCCCUGUGAGGGUUCACCGUGCCCAUUAAAUGGUUUAAUUGUCUUUAAUUACCCAUGGAACUCGUGGUCUGUGGGGAGCCCUGGGCAGGACACAGAGCUUUUCCCAGUGGAAGGUCCCUGGAGCUCCCAAAGCGGG